GACUUAUGCCUUGGUAUUUGAGGUUGAAUAUCAUGUCGAUACCAUUCAAACUUUCAUUAAGAAACAGUGGUGUUAUGCACGACCUAUUGAUCUUAUUUUGAUGGGGAAGACCAUGAUUUCUUAAUUAUGACUGUUAUCAUUUAAGUAGUGAUGCAAAGAUGUUAUUACAUGUUUUCUGCAGUGAUUAGCAUUUAUAAACUCUAGCAGAUGCCUUUAAUAAUGGUAAUAAUCUGGUCGAACCUAUAAAGUCGUUUAUUAGAAUGCUCUCAUAGAGAAGAGAAUGUGUUGAUCAUCAUUAAUCAUAUUUUUCAGGUUUUUGCUUUGUUACGGUAUUGAAUCGAUACUCAUAAAAAAUAAAAACAGGCAUGUAUUAUUAGUCUUUAUAUAUAUAUAUAUAUAUAUAUCAAAUUUAAUUGUUUUAUACCUUAUUUGAGAGAGAGAGAGAGAGAGAGAGAGAGAGAGAGAGAGAGAUGGAGAGAGAGUUUUUGAAAGGAUUAGAAAAAAAAGGGAAAAAAAGAAAGAAAGAAAUGAUUGGUUAAAAAUGAUGAAAUAAUUAUUAAAUUGGUUUUAAAAUAGAGUUAAAAUAGAGGGUUGAAGAGAGAGAGAGAGAUAGAGGUAGAGAGUUUUUGAAAGGAUUAGAAAAAAAAGGGAAAAAAAAGAAAGAAAAAAAUGUAUGGUUAAAAAUGAUGAAAUAAUUAUUAAAUUGGCUUUAAAAUAGAGUUAAAAUAGAGGUUUGAAGAGAGAGAGAGAGAGAGAGUUUUUGAAAGGAUUAGAAAAAAAAAGAAAGAAAAAAAUGUUUGGUUAAAAAUGAUGAAAUAAUUAUUAAAUUGGCUUUAAAAUAGAGGGUUGAAGAGAGAGAGAGAGAAGUUUUGAAACUUUCCUUGGUUAUCAAAUUUGAGGUGAGAAGUUGAAAAGAAGAAAGUAGAAGGUGACCAGAUGGUGUGAUUUGAGUCAUAAGAUGUACCACGUCAACAUAUUGACAUGGCACAAUGAAGCAACUAUCAGACUUUGGUUUGUUUAGACGAGUGUAGAGAUCCGAAGUAGGUGGAGAUUAGAAUCUUCAAUAGAUUAACUUGACAACAUUUGGUGCAAACAAGUUGCUUUUAAGGAUACCCCAUCACUGACUUUUAGAGAGCCUGCCUCACCCUCACCUCACCCAUAGGCUGAGGAGGGUGUCUAAUAUCAGGGCACGCGUCACUCUUGUAUUUACUCAGUCUCAUCCCUCCCCCUCCAAUUCCGCAGAUAUCCUCAAGACCAUUUCAGAUUUCUCCCACCUAGACUUUUCGGUUAAAAACUUUAAAAGAAAACCACCCAAGCCACCUGCUUUCCACAGUUGGGAUGUGCAUGCGGAGACAUGACCCUUAAAGGUGGGACUAGCCAAGCAUGCGCUGCCUGCAAGUACCAGAGGAGGAAGUGCUCCUCUGAGUGUCCUCUUGCCCCUUACUUCCCUCCUGAUCAGCCCAAAAUGUUUGCCGACGCUCACAGGCUCUUUGGUGUCAGCAACAUCCUUAAAAUUCUCAAGCAAUUGGACCCCACCCAGAAACUCACCGCCAUGCAGUCCAUCAUCUACCAGGCCACCAUCCGUGAGCGCUAUCCGGUUAGCGGCUGCUUGGGUUUGAUUUGCCAACUCCAUUACCAAAUCCGCCAGACCGAGGACGAGCUUCAUGUUGUCCUUUCACAGCUUGAAAUCUGCCGCCAGCACCACCACCAACAGAUACAGAUGGCCUCUGCACCCAGUGAUUCCUCCUCUUCCCCCUUGGAGCUAGGCUGCAGUGCCCUCUCUCUCCAUCAUAACCCUCCUCCUCCUCCUCCGGAAUACAACGCUGUUUCUGUUGCUGGCGGUGGUGAUGGUGGUCUGCCUGUUGGAGUUGGAACCCAUCACCCAUAUUCUCCUACGACCAAUGCGCCUUUCAAUUUUGAUUUCCUUGAUCCCAAAGACAAUUCUCUGAAUCCUGUGUGGCCUCAGAAUUCAUUCAGUAUCACCAACAACAAUGAUGUUCACAAUUCCUUGACAAUCCAGCCUCAACCCGUUGCCACACAGCCCUUACCCCUCCAACCCCAGGCUGCCCAGGAUUAUGAUGAGAUACAUCCAUUCUUCGAUACUUUUGACGACAGACAGUCAUACGUAGAUUCCAAAGAGGCUUAUGAAUCAAGCUCGGAAUCAUCCUUCAAAGAUGCCACCCAGUCCACUGACAAUGUUGCUGAGAAUGAAUUGAAAAGCGCUGCGGCAUGCUUCAGUCUCAUCAGUCUCGGCCAAUGAUAAGAAGUGGGUAGCAUUUCCAGAUUCAAUUGUAUUUCAGUCCUCUGAGCAUUUUUUUUCUAUUGUUUUUGUGUUAAUUUGUUUUCCUUUCACCUUCACCAUUUCAUGACUGUUGUAGUGUUUUAAAUUUCUAUCAUAACUCCCUCUUUCUACAUUUUAAUAAUUCUAUUGAAUUUGAUAGA